UGUUGUGCAACGAGCUGCUGUUACUACACAAUGAAAAUAUUUACUUUUUUAUUAUUAAUUUUUGCGUUUAUGUUCGCAGACUGCGUCAAUAUUGAGGAAACCACUGGGCAGUUCUUCAGCAGUGGGCAUACUAACAACUGGGUAGUUCUGGUGUGUACAUCCAGAUUCUGGUUCAACUAUCGCCAUGUAGCCAAUACUCUGUCUGUGUACAGAAGUGUUAAGAGACUGGGCAUCCCUGACAGCCACAUAGUUCUGAUGCUGGCUGAUGACAUGGCAUGUAACCAUAGAAACCCAAAGCCUGCCACAGUGUUUAGCCACAAGAACAUGGAGCUGAAUGUGUACGGUGAUGAUGUGGAGGUGGACUACCGUGGAUAUGAGGUAACUGUGGAAAAUUUCCUGCGUGUUUUGACUGGACGGCUGCCAUCCAGUACACCACGGUCCAAACGGCUGCUCUCUGAUGACCGUAGCAACAUACUAAUCUACCUAACAGGUACCAUGGUAGAAAUGUGCUUUCUGGCUUCCGCCUGUGUUCAAAACAAAAUGCGAAGCAGGGAUGAUGCAUUCAAUCAUGACCUGAGACAAUGUGAUGGAGAACCUGUGGAUGGGGAGCAACAAAAACAGACUCACUCCUUUGUGGACCAGCUGCCUGUGUCUGAGAUCAUUCAUCAGAAACCCAAACAGAAAGACUGGCAUCCUCCUGACGGCUUCAUCCUGGGCCUGUGGACCCUAAUCCUUCUGGUGUUUUUUCAGACGUAUGGCAUCAAGCAUCUCAAACACGUCUUCUGAGGGUACGAGGUGAAUGCUACCAGGAGCGAAGGAUGCAGCAGACUGAACAGAUGACAAAUAUGGGAGAGAUGGUCCAGUUUGUGACUGUGUUUUUUCUGGAAAAUGGAAAGGAGACGUGCAAUGCAACAACAGCAUAGCUGUCCUGUGGUUUUCUUUGUAGUGGGACGUGUGUGUGUGUGUGUGUGUGUGUGUGUGUGUGUGUGUGUGUGUGUGUGUGUGUGUGUGUGUGUGUGUGUGUGUGUGUGUGGGGAUUGUUUUGGAUGUGACCAUUUUUAGGUUUUCGUACAAAAAACUAGAAGCACUCAGAGAGUGCAAACCUCCGCCAAGGCCAUGGGGUCACUGACGCCAUAACAUCUACAUGCUGUGGAAUCAUUGAACCUAAAAAAGUCUAACAAUGAUGUUUGCUCA